AUGGACCAGGCGCCGCAAGAAAACCAGGCCACAGCACCUCCAGCUACAGGACACCUUAAUAUAAAAGUCACCGAUAACAACAACGAAGUUUUUUUUAAGAUUAAACGUACCACCCAGCUCAAAAAACUCAUGGAAGCAUUCUGCACUCGACAAGGAAAGGAUCUAUCCUCUGUGCGUUUUUUGUUUGAUGGGACAAGAGUCAGACAGGACGAUACACCAGAUACACUUGACAUGGCCGAUGGCGAUACCCUAGAGGUUCACCAAGAACAAAUUGGAGGCUAUCUGCCUUGA